AUGAAUAGAAAAAUUCAAAAACUUGAUGAAGCAGUUGUUAAUCGUAUAGCUGCUGGAGAAAUUGUUGUAAGACCGUGUGCAGCAAUAAAAGAACUUCUAGAAAAUAGUCUAGAUGCUGGUGCGUGCACAAUACAAAUUCAUGUUAAACAAGGUGGUUUAAAAUCUAUUGAAAUUCGAGAUGAUGGAUGUGGAAUAAGUAAAGUUGAUUUGCCACUUGUUUGUGAACGCUUUGCGACGUCAAAAUUAAAAAGCUUCGAUGAUUUAUAUCAUUUAAAUACGUAUGGUUUUCGUGGUGAAGCUUUAGCGUCAUUGAGUUAUGCUGGACAUGUAAAAAUUAUUAGCAAAAUACGUGAAAGCCCAUGCGCUUAUGUUUGUGAAUACGAAGAUGAAAAGAUUCGACCAUCAACAUCCAUUAAACCUUGUGCAGGUACGAAUGGUACAUUAAUUAUAAUAGAAGAUCUUUUUUGUAAUAAUCCAAUACGGUUAAAAAUGAUGAAAUCAGCAUCUGAAGAAUAUACCAGAAUGGUUGACUGUGUAAUGAAAAUGGCACUACGUAAUACUCAUGUUUCUUUUACACUUAAACGGGAUACGCAACUCGAACCUGAUAUCCACACAGAUGGAAAAGAAACAAUAACUAUUUUACAUAAUAUGAAAAUGUUAUAUGGUGCUGAUAUGGUAAAAGAUAUGUAUGAAACAAUGAUUAAUACUGAUGAUACACCUUAUAAAUUUCAAUGUAAAGCUUGUUUUACUGGAACUCAAUAUUCGUGUUCAUCAAAAGCGACGCCAAUUUCAAUGACUUUUAUUCUUUUUAUAAACGGACGUUUAGUUGAUUGUCAACCAUUAAAAAAAUCGAUUCAACAAAUGUAUGCUGUUCUAGUUAAUAAACAAACAUCUCCAUUUGUAUAUCUCGAUUUAAUAAUGGAUCCAACAACAUUAGAUGUUAAUAUACACCCAAGUAAAAAUGAAGUACGAUUUUUACAUGCUGAUCCAGUUAUUGUUCACAUUGUACAAGCUAUUGAACAUAUUAUUGUUGAAAAAUCAGCAAAACAAACAACAACUACAACUCAAUUAACAUUUCAUAUGACACCUACUUCAAUGACUUUAGUGCCUCCAACUCCUAAAGAUUCUAUGGAAACUGAAACUGCAUCAAAGAAAAUAUCGUCUAAUACAGCCAACUCGACGACUGCGAAGAAAUCAAUUGCUAAUUCUGAUCCAUCACGUACAGUUCGUACAUCUAGUCGUGAUCAAAAAUUAGAUAAACAUCGUUAUCAUAAUAGUUCAAUAUCAAUUCCAAAAAAGUCAACAUUAUCCUCAAUAACUAUAUCUCCAUUAGCUUCAAUUGUUUUUCCGCGAAAUGUAAAAUUAACAUCACUUGAAAUAUUACGUCAAUCAAUUAGUGAUGAAUGUGAUACAGAUCUAUUAAAUAUAAUACGGAAUUUUGUCUACGUCGGCACCGUCGAUGGACAAUCUUCACUUAUUCAGCAUGAUACUCAGUUAUAUUUAGUUCAUACACGACAUUUAUCUCAAGAAUUAUUUUAUCAAUUAUGUAUUUAUCAUUUUGGAAACAUGGGAACUAUUCGAUUGGAACCUGAGCCACCGUCUAUUGAAGAACUUCUACGUCUAGAAACCGAUAAUGAAGAAAUUGUCGAAUAUGUGAUUGAUAUUUUAAAAGAGCGCCGUGAAAUGCUUGAAGAUUAUUUUUCAUUUGUUAUAUCAUCAACAGAUCCAAUACGUUUAGAAACUCUUCCUAUUCUACUCGAUACAUAUGUACCUAAUCUUGAUUAUUUACCACAAUAUCUCCUUCGUUUAAGUAAAGAAGUUAACUGGACAGAUGAACGAGAAUGUUUUCGAACUUUUGCUGAUGAAAUUUCUAAAUUUUAUUCAUACCGAAUGAACAUCUAUUCACAAGCGGACGGUGAUACAGAAGAAAAACAGCAUUGGGCUAUUGAACAUUUGCUUUAUCAUGCAUUUAAAACCAUGCUUGUUCCAUCGAAACAUUUACGACAAGCAUUUGUUAAAUUAACUGAAGUGCAACAAUUGUAUAAAGUGUUUGAAAGAUGCUGA